AAGCUUUCCAGAGAAAUUCUCUUUAAUGACCUACUUAGAUUUGCUUUAAAUAAAGUCAUCCUGACUGAAGUACACUUCUUUAUAACAGAGCUAUGAUGGACCGGUGGAUGUCAAUGCUUAUAAUGAAGAUUCUUGUGUUUGCUGUUCUUGUUACAUUUGUUACUUCGACGAAACAGAAUGCACGCAAAAAACGCACUUGGGUUGUAGAUUCACUGUCUAUGGAGGAAGAGAAUGCUGGCCCUUUCCCAUAUAAACUGGGUGAUUUAAACAUUGAGAAGAAGAUUAUCAGAGAAUACAUCAUUCAUGGACAGGGGAUUGAUGAAGAUCCAAAGGGAAUUCUUACUAUUGACAGAACUGAAGGAUCUGUUUAUGUUAAUGGCAAAGUGGACUAUGAGAAACACAAGAGUUUAACAAUCACAUUUGAAACAAAUGGAAAAUCAAAAAUAGAUUCAAACAAAUUUGCAGUGGACAUUGUGAUUCUGGAUGUUAAUGACCACGCACCUGUUUUUAAUAAGCCAGUCUAUGAAAUCACUAUUGAUGAAUCGACACCACAAGGUGAAGAUUUGGUCACAGUGAUGGCAACGGAUGAUGAUCAGGUUGGCACAGCAAACUCGUGGGUGACAUUUAGGAUUGUGUCAGUGACUCCCAGCCCCUCCAAUGCUGAAUUCUUCAUUCAACAAACUGGUGGAGAUAAAACAGGGAAAAUAUCUUUCAAAGGUUGCCUUGAUUAUGAGGAGGCACAGAAGUACACUAUUCUGGUUGAAGCAAAGGAUUAUGGUGAACAGCUGCAACUCUCUAGCACAGGCACAGUGAUAGUGAAUGUUAUCGACAAAAACAACCAUCUACCAGAAUUCAAUGGUAAAACAGGCUUUGUGAAAGUAAGAAAGGGAAAACUUGGAGAACCUGUUUAUCGACUGCAGGUGACAGAUAAAGAUAGCAGAGGAUCUGCAGCAUGGAUAGCCAAAUACUCCAUCCAGGGUGAAAAAGCAGAUCACUUUAUGAUUGAGACUGAUCCUGAUACAAAUGACGGAGUUAUUACAGUCAUCGAGUCAUUGAAUUAUGAAGAGAGGUCCAACUUAAGCCUGACAGUCAGUGUGGAGAACGAGGAUCUCUUCUUUAACUGUCGAGUUAAAGAACGUCUCAGUGAAGGCCUGUGGGAUAUAGAAAGUUUUAGAGGAAAGUCCAGUUUCACAACAGUGUCUCUACCAGUUAUAGUGGAAGAUGUUAAUGAAGCAUCUUUAUUCAUGGAGACCAUCAAACACGUGUAUGUAAUGGAGAACGUGAAGAUUGGACACAACCUGUGGACGUUCAGAGCUGUGGAUCAACUUGAUUCAGAUGAGAUCGUAUUCAUUCUAGGAAAAGAUGUAGGUGGUUGGAUAAGUGUAGAUUCACAAACAGGUCUUGUGUCGACAGCUAAAGUUCUGGACCGAGAGUCGCCCCUCGUAAAAGAUGACACCUAUACUGUUGUUAUAUAUGCUGUUGAUAAGGGUAUGCCAUCAAUGACCAGCACAGGGACUUUAAUUAUUCAUCUGAGAGAUGAGAACGAUAAUUCACCUGUUGUAAAGGUUGAAAAACUGAGCAUGUGCUUAUCUGAGAAAGCCACCAACAUUACAGCCAUCGAUCCGGACCUGCAUACAUACGGAGCGCCAUUCCACUUUCAGCUUAUGGGAAAUGUUAAAGGAAAAUGGAAGCUCGAUUCCACCUAUGGCACAACUGUAAGGUUGAUCAAAGAGGAAAAUGUGUUUCUGGGUGAUCAUAAACUCACAGUGAUGAUUUCUGACAGCCAGGGCAAAUAUUCACACCAGAACAUUCUGGUCCGUGUAUGUGACUGUGAUAUUACUGCAGACUGCAAUGAGACCAGAGCCCCGAUAAUAAAGCUGAACACCUUUGCCAUCGCUGCUUUAACCAUCAGCCUCAUAAUUCUGCUGGGAAUCCUGUUAAUGGCUUGCAAGAUCAGAAAUGGUGUGCAGAAAAAAGGCAGUAAACCGCUGGAGGGAUCUGUGCAGUCUCUCAUUCAUUACAACACAGAAGGACCUGGAACUGACUGCACGAUCGAGGACAUCAUCUUAAUGAAAUCUUCAAGUGAAAUGGCUCAAAUCUAUAUCUCAAGACAUUACUGAGCACACACCGAGGAUGGGAUUAAAUGACUGUAGACCUGCACUACAGUAUUCUUAUAUCGGGAUAAACCAAUACAAUCAGGAUCUAAAGAGACACAGUGAUUGAUUGAUUGAUUGAUGAUGCAUCUGAUAAUGCACGACACCAGAUUUUGAGUUUGAAGCUUCAAGUGAAUGAAUCUGUGAUGGACAUGUUGUUGAUUUUGUCUUCACUUCUAAAGCGGGACAGAUUAUUAUAUUUCAAUGACAUCUGUAAUCCAUACAUCCGUUUACUUCACAUAAACUCUCCUUUGAGAGAAACUUCUUAGUCUUCAAACAGACAUGGUGAGAAGAUUCAUUACAAAAUACAGUAUACACAUAUUAUGGUCUAAUGUUUGUAUUGUUUUGACCAAUAAUUUGUGUGUCCUUUACAUAUUUAUAAUGCACACUGUAUGUCCAGCAUGGAAAUGCAGUUAAAAUAAUACUGUGAUGACUUUAAUGUUUAAAAAGAGCUUCUGAAUAUAAAUCUGGAACUUGUACAACAUGACCUGUUUUAGUUUCAUCAAACUUUGUCUGUAUGUUUGGGCAGCCUAUAGUUAUUCUGACAAGACAGCAGUUGUUUGGACUCUGUUAAUGAAUGUGUAGUUAUAAGUGUGAUAUAUGAUCUGUGCCUAUAAGUAUUAAACAUCAAUUGCAUGAAAGUGAUACUGUAUGGAGAAAAAUAAGCACAUACAGUAAAUUUAAAUGUAUUUAAAUGUUCUUUUUCACUGAUAUGUUUAUCAUUAUGAAGGAUUUUUAUAUGAGUUGAAAAUAGUUUGUGUUUGUGUUACAUAUUUGUACAUAUUUGUAUAAUAAGUAUAAUGUUGGUAAGCCUUUGCAAUAAGGUUGUAUUUGUUUAGUAAAUGCAUUAGCUAACGUUAUUCUUAUUUGCUACGAGCAAUAUCGUUUAGCAUCAUUUAGUAAUUUUUGUUAAUGUUAGUUAAUGCAAAUACAAUUGUUCAUGUUAGUUCAGCGUGCAUUAAAUAAUGUUAACAGUCACAACAAAAGGAGUAGAAUAGAAGUAUUGUUCAAUGUAAGUUUAUGUUAACUAAUGCAUUAAUUAUACAGCCGUAUAAUAAAGUGUUACCAUAA